AUGGAGGUAUCGGAGAGUGCUGAGGCGAGCAGUUCUCUUUCUGAUGUUUACGCCAGGAGAAACAGACUGACCUCGACGCACUACCUCAGUCAGUCUACGGAUAUUGUGGACAGUCAGGGGUCAAGUAACAUGGACUUCGCGGCAGGAGUGAUGGCUUCAAGUUCUAGUGGUUUCCGGGGGGAUAGAGAUAUGAUUGACAGCUCGCACAGUGAGGAAAUGUCGUUUACACCUGUAAAACACAUUAAAGAAGAAAAUGUGAUUCAGGCUGCUGCUGCUGAUUCCAACAGUCCUAAACAGACUUUUGUUCCCUGCAAAGUGUGUGGAGACAAAGCAUCUGGUUUCCAUUAUGGUGUCACAUCUUGUGAAGGAUGUAAGGGCUUUUUCCGCCGUAGUAUACAGAAACAGAUAGAAUACCGGUGCCUGAGAGAUGGAAAAUGCAUGGUGAUCAGGCUAAACCGAAAUCGAUGUCAGUACUGCCGUUUUAAGAAGUGCCUGGCAGUGGGCAUGUCUCGAGACUCUGUGCGUUAUGGUCGAGUGCCAAAACGUUCCAAAAGCCAAGACGAUCAGUGUGUGACUUCAACAGAACAGAAUCUGGAUCAGAUAGACUUGGAAAACAAACAGCUAGCCAUCUAUGAUAUCAUUCUCAGUGUAUCCCAGGCUCAUCAUGCCAACUGCACUGUGACUGAGGAUAAAGUCAAACAUUUACAGAAGAAACAGUCAACUCUGAUGCAGCAGAUUUCAAUUCCUACUACCCCGGUCCAGUUCACAGAUGAAGAGUUGGAGACGCAGAAAUUGUCCAUGUGGUUGUGCCUCGCCUCCCUCAUCACACCUACUAUAAACAGUGUGGUAGAAUUCGGCAAGCGUAUACCAGGCUUUUCAGACCUCUCUCAGGACGACCAGCUCAUCCUUAUCAAGGGCAGCUUUUUUGAGGUCUGGCUCACUAGAAUGGCACGAAUGUUCAACAAACAAGAAGGCAUCCUGACUUUUGAGGAGGGCAACAUGAUACAGAGAGAAGAACUGUCCGUGGUGUUUUCUCCGGAGUUUGUAUCAUGUAUGUUUGACCUGGCUAUUAGCUUCAACCAACUCAACCUCAAUGAUACAGAGAUCGGUCUGUUUGCUGCAAUAGUGCUAGCUACACCAGAUCGCAGAGGUCUUUGUGAUAUGAAGUCUGUGGAAAAAAUCCAGGACAAGCUGAUAGAGGCUCUUAAACUACAAAUUUGUCGGAACCAUUCAACAGAGGAGAACUUGUUUGGGACCACCAUUGUCAAGUUGCCACAGCUGCGAUCCUUAGGGAGCCAGCACAAUGAUAUCAUACAUUGGUACCGUUCCCAGUGGCAGAGGAUCAGGUUACCUCCCCUGUUCUCAGAAAUCUAUGACAUACCAAAGCAUGCAGAUGAUUCUUGA